CAUGUGUCAAACCUCGCUUGCAAACCAGACAGACAGAAGACGCGGCAGAUCCCUCGUCAAAAUCCAUAUAGCCAGGGCUAUUGCCAUCUGCCCGGGCUAGGUGGAUGAUGGUGAUGGUGGGGCAUGGGCAUGGGUAUGUCGGGCUGCUCAAUCAGGUGCCGGAAGAGACACUUGACGUCUCUCUGAAUAUCUGAGCACACACCACACACCACACACACACACACACACACAAACAUCCAUCCGUCCAUCCAUCCAUCCAUCCAGAUUUGCCAGAUGUGUGUGUGAGUCGGCAGGGCGCCCAACCGGCUUGCAGCUGCAUGUUGGUCUGCAUUUGUCUCUGCAGCGAGGCCUCCAGCAAACGGACCUCCUCCAAAUCAACAGCCAGACCCUUCAGCUCCUGCACAACCAUUCGAGUAAAGAGUCGAGCAGACGUCCCCACACAUGCCCGCCAGCCCAUCUCCUCUCGUCUCACCCGACAUAUCUCGGUGUCGUCCGGCAGUUUCUGCAGUGCCUGCAUCCACAUGUCUCGCCACUCGUCCUCCUCACUCGGCUGCCGCUCACCCUCACCCCCGCCCGUCCCGCCGCCCCAUGCACACGCACCCCCUCCAGUAGUGUCUACUGCCGGACCGACAUCUGGCGGGUCGCUGGCCAGGCCCAUGUCGACCAUAGGCGCCGAGUUCUGCGGGUUGUUGUGAGACCGGUGCGAUCUGUCGGAUGGGAUGGGAUGGGGCUGCUGAGCUCUCGGCCCCCCUCCCUGCUCAAUGUCGUCCGUGAUCGGGGGGCACUCCUCCGUCAUCUCCGUCAGUGUCCGUGUGGUGUGGUACUUGAACACCGACAAAGAUGGCUCGGGCGGUGCCUGCGGUCUCUGCGGCAGGGGAAGGGGCGGACUGUGUGGGGAGGACAGAGACACGGGCAGGUUGGUGGGCUCCAGGGAUGGUGUGUCACUUGGUCGGACACAUGGGUCAGCAGGGGGCAGCCGAGUGGCUGAGGGGGGAGGGGGUGGUGGGCGGGGAGGCAGCGCCUGGAGGGGCGGAGGCUGCAUGCCGUGGAUGGGCUCCUCCUGACAUAUCCACGAGUGACACAUGAGAUGUCGCUGUCUUUUUCCGGAGCGGAUGGCUCACCACAACAGUCACGGGAAUCGUUCGCUGGGGUGUUUCGUCAGCAUCGGACGCCAUGCCAGAGGGCACCCCGGGCAGCGACACGCUCUCGUCCGUCAUCGGCAUGGGCGCCCAAGGUCUCUCCUUGUCGAAUUUCAUGCUCACGCUCUUCUUGAAUUUCUUGGAGCUGUCCUUUCUGUCCGAGUCCUGGUGGCCCGUCUCGAUGCCCAUGACAGUGGCCACAUCCCGCGACUCCUGCCGCUCCUUCUUGGGCAGCAUGGCCUGUCGAGAAGAGCUGCUGGGGGGCGCAGCGCCCACCGAGUAGCGCAGGGCGGUGCUGCCGGCUGUGUUGCGUCUGCCCGAGUCGCCGGUAGGCAUGCGCAUCGUCCGCCGGCGGCUGAGCGACUCGGUCAUCUCGUCCUCCAUUUGCUGAAGGAAAGUGGGAGAAUGGAGCGCUGGUGCUGGUUGUCCUUUUUGUCUGUUUUGUACCAUGUAGACUUCUUGGAAUUUGUUGCCGAUGAUGGCGACAGGCAAAGCGAUAAACUGCAAACACGUAUAUUUGCCUCCCGUCUCCACUCGUGUGUCAUUUUCAUCGGCCACUCACCAGAAUUCCCGCGAGCAUGGCUGCAGUGGCCACCACUUUGCCCCAGCCAGUCUGAGGAUACACAUCACCUGAGGUCAUGAGGACAAGGAAAGGACACCUAAGACCCUUGGCGACGUCGAUCGUACACCUAUGAAAUCGCUGACCGUAUCCGACGGUGCACAUGGUCACCACAGCCCACCAGAAUGUCGCUGGGAUCGACGGAAAGAAUCUAGGAGCGGGCAAGCGGCGGGAUAAGUGCCUCCUCGUUCAGAGGUAUUUGCCAGUGUCUGCAGUGUGCUCACUGUGAAGGCUCCACUCGCUUCUCGGCUUCGUACAUGGCAGACGAAAACAGUAUGAUGCCUGCAUGGCACGAAAGCGAUAUUCACCGACAUUUCCCUGAGAUGUGUGCCUUUCGUGCCGGUCAGGGGAGACAUACCGAUGGCGAGGAAGAAGACGAGGAUCCACAACGCCUGGAUGGACCUCUUCAGGCCCUCGCCCAUCAGCUGACAACCAACACAGGGGAAGCCAUUUCUUUGGCUGACAAUCACACUUGGCAAACCGAUAUAAGUCGCUCACCCGCAGGCCGACAGAGUAGCGGGACAGCUUGAAUAUUCUGAAGACGCGAAUCAGGCGGACAACCCGCAACACGCGAAAGCCUCCCAAAGCAAACUGACGAGCGACGAGACACUCAUGUGCGCUUGCCGGUCCUUUCGAGGAUGUGUGAGUGUUUUCCCUUCCAUGUGUCUCACCGAGGAGAGCAUCAGCCUCACAUAAUAGGGAGCAAAUGCCAGAAGGUCAAACCAAUUCAUCCAGCCUGCAGACUCAGGGAGACAGACACACACAUACACACAUACACACAUGUGCAGACCAGACAGACCGGUUGGUUCAGAGAGUUCGCCUACUUUACUCACUGGUGAGGAAGAUUUUCAGCGUGUAUUCCGGAACGAUGUUGACGACGCUGAGCCGCAGAACAAACUCGAGCGUGAAGAGCCCCACUGUGGUGCCCUCGAUGGCCUCCCACACCCUCAAAGGCACCACAUCAUUCAACUCGGGCAUCGUCUCCUUCACACAGGCCGACCGAUGUUUGUUCCUUCGCCCACUCCUCGUUCUGUGUCUGUCUGUGGUACUCACCAGCAUGAAGGCUGUGACCGAGACGGCGAUCAGGAGCAUGAUAGCGAUGGAUAUCACGGUGGCCACUUGGCUGCUGUCAGGCACCUCCAGCAGCAAAUAGAUGCGCUUCUUGGCUCCCUCUACCCGCAGCAGAAACUGCUGCCACUUGUUGUCUUGCAGCUCGGCCGUCAGCUCUCGAGUGGACAGGAACGUCGCGAUGCGGCUGCGUGUCCACCUUUUGCUGCGACAGACACACAGAAGACAGUCACUCACGCACAAUGUCUUGUGUGUGUAUGUGUGUAUCUGUGCCCACGAGGUUUGGAGGAAUUUGCCAUUGGGUGAGCAUGGGUCCGUCUCAGUCGAUGCCCGCGAUGUCGGCGAGACGCUCUGAUCCCGCUCUAUCUGCGUCCGCAGCCUCUCGACCUGGUCACGCUGCAUAAACACCGCCGGCAUCUUCACGUCAGGUGGGUGACGGCCAAGCGGUGCUCUGCAGAGUCAGAGGGGCCUGGUGGGUGGAGGAGAUCAGGCAGGGCACUGCAUGCGCCCUGAUCCCGAUACUCACAGCAGCAACAGCACUGCUACCUUGACAAAGUGUGCUGUGGCUGGACUGAAUCCAAGAGUGUGCCGAAGGCGUCGAAAGAGCUC